GUUCUUGUAUGUUGUAGAUACAACAACCUACUUGAUCAAUAGAGGGUCCUUAUCUUGGAGUUCAAAUUGCUAGAAGAGGUAUGAAUAGGAAAAUAACUCAAGUACUCUCACUUGAGAACUUUUAGCUGCACGGUGUAUGUUCAUGUUCAUGUUGAUUCAGAGAAGAGACUAUGAUUCUGGGUACAAAUUUUGAAAUGACAAGAAAAGAAAACAUCCCUUCAAACUACCAAUGUCUCGCUACAGGGUAUACGCUUCUCAAGAAACCCAGAAUCCGAGCGCCUCUGAUGAUGAAAUCUCGAAAAAUCCCGAUAGGAAAUCGGGUUCCUCGUCCAAAAGCUCCGUUGGUGUCAAUCCCAGAACCCCCAGAGCUUUUUAAACUUCGGGAGCAAUCUUACGAGGCCAGGUGUUUUGGAAGUGCCGAGAUAUGGAGGGUGCAGACAAACUGUUCGACGAAAUGCUUAACAGAGGAGCUAAGCCUGGUCGUGAAGCAGUGUUAUGCUUGGCACGUUCUGGCUUCAAACCCACAUGCUAUAUAUAUUCAUGAGACUUCCAUUCCUUCUCCAUUCAUUGACACAAUGGGAAACUGCAUCAUCUUGCCUUGCGUUCACUCGCCAUCGAAGAACCUUUCCCCCGAGUUAGCUACAGUGGUCGAUUCCGCAACUGAACAAGGCAACGACCCUCUUCUCGAUGUUGUUCCAUGCUUGAAAGAGCUCGAAAAUCUUCUGGUUUACUUGAAGACAGCGUACUCGAGUGGAGGAGGAGCAAGGGAGGUGAAAAUUGUUGUUACUAGGGAACAGUUUAAGUUGCUGUUGGCAAAUGCAAAGAAGAUGCAAUCUGCAUAUAGAUUGUUGAGCUAUAGAGGACCCGGUAGAGGGCGUCGAAAAUGGCGGCCGAUGCUGUCUGUAAUCUCGGAGGAAGAAGAGUAGGUCGAGGAAGGAAACUUGUGUAGCUUAGAGAUAUCUAAUUUCCUUCUUCGAUCGUUAAACCCGAAAUUUUUUCUUUUUUUUUCGGGAUUUUAUUUUGAAAACUCAAAACAAACUUGAUUUUCAUAUUUAAAACUCAUUUUCAAACCUCAAAAUACUCAAACUUACAAGGCUCACUUAUGAAUUAGAUGUAUACAUGAAUCGAGUUGGGUUGAGAGAAUUUUUUGGACUAAUUUAGAAGUCCAAACCCUAACCCAACCCAAUAAAAAAAAUUCACAAACCAACCUAACCCUCUA